UAGUCAGUCUCAGUCAAUGAUAAAUGCAGUAAUAAUGUCUUGACGUAUGUAUACAGUCGCAUCAUUAUCAGUGGUUUAGAAAUUAAUAAUGAACGACAUUAUUGUUAUUAGCCAAUAUUACAAAGUAAAUUGGACCAAACUCGUUAAAUAAAGAAUUAGCCUAUACUUAUUGGCAAAAACAGAUAGGCCUAAUCUAGCCUAAUAUAGGCCUAACUCGGCGUAAGUAAGGGGUAUUACUUAACACACUUUUCUAACGUUGUUUUCAUUAUUUAACAAUGAGUGAACUGCCUAGUGAAGAGGAUGAGCAUAUUUCUGUCUCGGAACCAAAUACAACUAAGCCUAGUAAAGUAGAACCAGAAUUAUUGGCCAAAGAAGAAAUAAACGAAUUGGAGGUUAGAGGUUGUAUUGUGGAAACAAAAGAACUGGCGAAUAAAAAUGCUGACCAUGCAAUCGAUCCUAGCUUAGAUAUAAAAUCAGAAAAUCCUGCAAAUGAUCCUUAUGCGUAUUUAGAAAGGAAUGGAUUCACUUCAGAAAUUUUCAAAAUUGAAGUAAGAGGAUUACCAAAGUUUUACGGAAUUGGGGAGUUAAAGAAGCUCAUCAACCACAAAUUGAAGCUGGGAUCCAACAAGAUUAAGACUCCGAAAACUGGAAGUCAAUGGCUAUACAUAUGCUUCCGCAAUGAAGAAGAUAAAGAAGAGGCUCUCAAAGUACUAAACGGAUUCAAAUGGAAAAAUAAAACCCUUUCAGCUUCUGCCGCAAAACCAGCUCCUGAUCCGUUGGUCAAACGCCGAAACGAAGCUUCUAACGAUGGCAACAACUCUGGCAAGCGACAAAAGAUGGACGACUCUCGACCUCAGCUUGAGCGUUUGAAAGAUUCAACUGUUCCUCUCUGGAGACUGACCCCAGAUGAACAGGCUGCUAAGAAAACCGAAAACGUCACAAAAAUCCUGAGAAACAUGGUGUAUGACAUUGAAAGGCAGAACCAUUCGUUAAAACCACAUUUCUGUGCUCAAAGAGAAAAGAACGAAGGAACACCACUGAUGAUGAAUACAAUCGUGAGAAGUCCUCGCCUUGAUGGUUAUAGGAACAAGUGUGAAUUCACAAUAGGUAUCGACAGUGAGACAGGGUUACCUACUGUUGGCAUGAGACUGGGCAGUUAUGCUACUGGUGUUGUCGGAGUGGCACCCGUGCAAGAUCUUCCUCAUGUGUCUGAUCGCAUGAAGCAUGCUGUCAAGGUGUUUGAAGAGUUUGUCAGAUCAUUGUCUCUGCCAGUGUUUGAUCCUGAGACCUACACCGGCCACUGGCGUCAACUGACCAUCAGGUGGGCGACUCGCACUGAUCAGCUGAUGCUGGUCGUCGGAAUACACCCGCAGCAGAUGACCAAUGAGGAGAAGGAAUCGUUCAAAGAGGGACUCAAAGACUUCUUUACUGCAGGGGAAGGAAGGGCUUUGAACGUGACAUCCCUUUACUAUCAGGAGAUUACAAAAAGACGGAGCGGGGAGGAGGAAGUGCUCCACCUGGUGUCAGGAGAGCCUCAGAUAUCAGAGCAGCUGUGUGGGCUCUGCUUUAGCAUCUCUCCUUUGUCUUUCUUCCAAGUGAAUACCGAAGCUGCGGAGUUGCUGUACGAUGCUGUGGGUACGCUGACACAGCUGACUGUGGAGACUACACUAGUGGACGUGUGCUGCGGCACUGGCAGCAUCGGACUGUCACUGGCCAAGAACUGUGGGCAAGUACUUGGUCUGGAAAUUAAUGAAAAAGCAGUAGAAGAUGCUCAAAAGAACGCAAGUGAAAACAACAUUACCAAUUGUGAAUUCUUUUGUGGACCAGCUGAGGAAAUUCUUCAGUCGGUCUUGGACAGAGCAAAGUUCCCUGAUGUGGUGGCAGUAGUGGAUCCACCUCGAGCUGGCCUCCGGCAGAACGCAGUUGUGAUGCUGCGUAGGAUAUCUAAGAUCAAGAGGAUUGCGUACAUCGCCUGUGACCUGAAGUGUGCAGUUAAGAACAUAGUGGAUCUGGCACGGCCAGCGUCCAAGACUCUGGCAGGAGCCCCGUUUGUCCCCAUGGCUGUCACCCCUGUAGAUCUGUUUCCUCACACAGAUCACUGUGAGGUGAUAAUCUACCUGGAGAGAGCAGACACGUAAGGUCAUCCAGACUGUAGAAUCUGACUAAGGAAGUGUCAGGGGUAGCAAAAUAUUCCUAAAUUAUCCUUCAAGGAAUUGCCCUGUUGUGACUGUGAGCCCUACUGUGAAAUUGUUGUUAACAUUGUUAGCUACUUAUUUUUGACUAAGUUACUGGGGAUUCUUUGAUAUUUAAUUAGUUUUUAGUCAGGUUUUAAAUUGAAACUAUACAUUUUAAUCAUUUGCGGGUUUUUAAAUGGCAAUUUAUAACAAAUUUGUUCCAAGUUUAAAGGAUAGGGAGAGAAAAUUAAAAUUAAUUAUUACAGUAGAGUCAGGAUAAUCCUACCUUCCCUAUUGACGAUUGAGUUCUGUGAUAUUUCCUCGUGGCAUGACCAAGCCGAUAUGUUAAAAUGUUAAAAUGACCCCUUAUUGCAUCCCCGUAUGAAGCAAAAAUAUAUGCUUUAUGCUUUUGUUGACUGUA